UGGUCCCUUUUUCGAGUUUGUAAAUAAAAAAAUUCAAAUUCUUGGAAUUAAUUUUCUUUUUUUCUAUAGUGACUUUUGUUCAUUGGAAUUGGUUAAUUAGUUUUUCUUUUUAUUUGAAAUCCAUUUGUUUUCUUGGAACUUGUUAUGGCGAGACAUCAUCCUGAUCUUAUCUUUUGUCGUAAACAAUCUGGUGUUGCCAUUGGUCGUCUUUGUGAAAAAUGUGAUGGUAAAUGUGUUAUAUGUGAUUCUUAUGUUAGACCAUCGACUUUGGUUCGUAUUUGUGAUGAAUGUAAUUAUGGUUCUUAUCAAGGGCGAUGUGUUAUCUGUGGAGGUCCCGGAGUAUCUGAUGCCUAUUAUUGUAAACAAUGUACUAUCCAAGAGAAAGAUCGAGAUGGCUGUCCAAAGAUAGUUAAUUUAGGUUCAUCGAAAACUGAUCUUUUCUAUGAGAGGAAAAAAUAUGGUUUCAAGAAAAGAUGAUUUUCUCUCAUCAUUUUAACUGAAGUUUUUUACUUUUUCUUUUCUUAAGUUACCUGUUUAUAUAUUUAUGUUUAUAUUGAAUAAAGAAAAAAAAAGAUAA